CACCGAAAGCAGACUAGCCUGAUCCCGUGCCUCGUCUGACAACUCAGUCGGUCGGCGAUGGCUCGGGACAUGUGCCCGGAUUCUCGCUAUGCAUAUUUAGGUUUAUGUAGAUUUAGACUCGCCAUGAAGGUGUUUGGCGCUAUGCCGGUAGUGUGGAGUGCUUCGCCGAGCUCUCAGGCCACUUCCGGCAAUUCGUCAUGGUGGGUCUUCUCUCCUUGGUGCUCCGGUGAGUGGGAGCCGAAGAGGCAGGGGUGCUGACCACUGCCUACAUCAUGAGUAAGUAUGUUUUUACCCUAGAUCUAGAGCUUUUGAUCUUUCCCCCACAACUCUCUUCAUGCCGCCGAGGUAGAGGAAGAGGAGGUGAGUGGAUGCCACAUCGAUCUCCAGUUAUGCUACCACUAAGAUUUUGAUCAUCGAGAUCAUCAACAGGCAUGCUUGGAGUGGAGUUAUGACAUAGAUCGUUUACAUGCCGGCCUUUGUCACUGAUUUACUUCUUCUGGUCAAAUUGAAGGGCGAACUUCCGGAGCUUUGUUGGCUCCAUUCUUUCAUCUCGAUCUGUCAUUUCCAGAUGGGUGGCAACAAUCCCGUUUCGGUCAAGCUUUUGCGAGCUUCUGUAGGUGCUCCAGUGGAGAUGGCGAAGCGGAUCUGCCGCCCCCAAGUUAUUCAUCCUCGGUGGCAACCGCUCUGGUCUUCCGCUGGUACCGUUUACUUGGAUCGUAUUGCAUUUCUAGUUUUUGUUCUGGGGUCCUCUAUGGAAGAUGCAAGUUCAAAAAAAUCACUUAUAUUGUGCACAGGUCAUCCAUGUAAACCAGUUGAUGUAGCUAUCGAACAACACGUCCUAAAUCUAACAAAACUUACUUCUUGCAUAAACGCUUUACAUGAGAUUAAGCUAGUCCGCAUGGAUUGAUGACUAGGGUAUUAUUAAAGAAAUUUUUAGUAAUAUGUCGUUUAACAUAUUGUGUAGCAGUUACCCCUCGCUCACAUCCCUGCCGACAAAGUGAAGCAAACACCCCCUCCCCCCUCUCUAUAUCUCUCUAUUUCAUACACUCGUUGUCAUGUAUUUGCAUUUGUCAGCUUUGUUGUACUCUUUACUUGGAGUGUUGGAUGUUGUGAUAAAUGAGGUUGGAACCACUCGCUAGUCUUCAGCGGCGAGGUUAGUACUCUCUCUUGUUCUCUUCUAUAUAAGGCACACAUCAUCUUAGUAACUCUAUCGUCUCCCUCUACCUACCUCCCCCUCCUCUCUUGUCUCUCUUCAUCUCCCUUCCAUAUACCUUUUUAACGGGGUUGGGUCCCGAAGGAGUCAGAAUCCACUAGACAAGCGUAAAAAUACUUUUUACAAAAAAUACCCUCUAGAAAGUAAAAAUUGCAACCUAGAACAAGCAUCUUACAGCAAGGACCCCAUAUCAUCAUGAUAGAUUGUAAUUAUACCCUGCCUAAAAGCAUCACCAAGAUCCAAGACCCCUAUCGCCGGGGAUGAACUAGUUGGGAUGGAGGCCUCGCCGCAGCAGCUCCGCCAACUCAUCGUCCGUGGAUAUGGCGGGAGGAAUAGCAGGAGCUGGUGCCGAAGUCGCUAGAAAUGCCUUCCUACCUUGGCCGUGGUCAUUUGUCAACGUCAUUUCCGUCGUCACGCGCGUACGUGGUAUUAGCGGUCAAUAUCGAUAAUCCCGAGGCAACGACCGAUAGAUGUCUCAAAUUCUUGCCGCUCUUGUUCUAAAGCCUCCGCAUACAUAGUACGUAUGUAAUAUAAAUUCACAAAAAAAAUACAGAGAAAUAUAUACAUACAUACGGAUUUAAUGGUAGAGUGGUAACGUUCUUCUUGAGAACAGAAGGAACACGCGAUACGGCACAAAAAUGGCUCCUCGAGACCGCAGGACGACCCGAUCAAAAGAUUUCCUCCUGAGCUCCGGAACGGCGGCCGUGGCGGUGAAGUCACCCGGCGCCGUCCCGGACACGCCGCCGGUCCCGUUCGCGUACGGGGGGCUGCUGUACCAGCAGAGCGGCGGGCGGCGGAGGUGGCGCGAGUGCACCGUCGUGCUGGGCGCCGUGGCCAUGGUGGCGCUCUUCGUCACCCACGCGCUCCUCCCAAGGGCCAGCGUGUUGUCCGAGGAGACGCGCGGGGAGGCACGAGCGGAGCAGAACAUCAUGGUCACCGCCGGCGCCGAUGCCGACGGGUUCCCGUGGAGCAACGAGAUGCUGCAGUGGCAGCGCACCGGGUUCCAUUUCCAGCCCGAGAAGAACUACAUGAACGAUCCAAACGCUCCGAUGUACUACCGUGGACGGUACCACUUCUUCUACCAGUACAACCCCACGGGCGUCGUCUGGGGCAACAUCACGUGGGGCCACGCCGUGUCGCGGGACCUGAUCCAUUGGCGCCACCUCCCGCUCGCCAUGGUGCCCGACCAGUGGUACGACAUUCAUGGCGUCCUGACGGGCUCCGCCACAAUCCUCCCCAACGGCACCGUCAUCGUGCUCUACACGGGGAAAACCGACACCUCCGCUCAGGUCCAGUGCCUCGCCCUUCCCGCCGACCCGGAUGACCCCCUCCUUGUCAACUGGACCAAGCAUCCCGCCAACCCCGUCAUCCUCCCGCCCCCCGGCAUCGGCCUCCAGGACUUCCGCGACCCCACCACCGCCUGGUUUGACGAGUCGGACCUGACAUGGCGCACCCUCAUCGGCUCCAAGGACGACAACGGCCACGCCGGCAUCGCCUUGAUGUACAAGACCAAGGACUUCAUCAGGUACGAGCUCAUCCCGGGGGUGCUCCACCGCGUCGAGGGCACCGGCAUGUGGGAGUGCGUCGACUUCUACCCGGUCGGCGGCAGCAACAACUCCUCGGAGGAGGCGCUGUAUGUCCUGAAGGCGAGCAUGGACGAUGAACGGCAUGACUACUACGCGCUCGGGAGGUAUGAUGCGGCGACCAACACGUGGACGCCGCUCGACCCAGAGCUGGACGUGGGGAUCGGGCUGAGGUACGACUGGGGAAAGUUUUUCGCUGCCACGUCUUUCUACGACCCGGUGAAACGGCGGCGCGUGAUGUGGGCUUAUGUCGGCGAGACCGACUCCUUGAGCGCCAACGUUGCCAAGGGAUGGGCUUCCGUCCAGACGAUUCCGAGGACGGUAGUGUUGGAUGAGAAGACUCGGACGAACCUCCUCCAAUGGCCGGUGGAGGAGAUCGAGACCCUCCGCUUCAACAGCACCGACUAUGGCGUCAUCACUAUCCACACUGGAUCCAUUAUACCUCUCCGCCUCCGCCAAGCCACACAGCUUGACAUCGAGGCCUCCUUUCGCCUAGACACUUCCGCUAUUGCCAUCAUCAACGAGGCUAACGUCAACUACAACUGCAGCACCAGCGGCGGAGCCUCAACCAUGGGCCCACUUGGUCCCUUCGGCUUCCUCAUCCACGCCGCUGGCAAUGGUGGCAGCGAACAACUCGCGGUUUACUUCUAUGUGUCGAGGGGCCUCGACGGGGCGCUCCGAACCCACUUCUGCCAUGACGAGUUAUUGUCGUCCCGAGCGAAUGAUGUAAUGAAGCGGGUGGUGGGCAGCACAGUGCCAGUGCUCGACGGUGAGGCUCUAUCUGUGAGGGUGCUCGUGGACCACUCGAUCGUGGAGAGCUUCGCGAUGGGCGGGAGGUUGACGGCGACGUCGCGUGUGUACCCGAUGGAAGCCAUCCACACAGCGGCGGGGGUGUACCUUUUCAACAACGCCACCGGCUCCUCCAUCACCGUCGAGAAGCUUGUAGUUCAUGAGAUGGCCUCGGCGUUGUACAACCAGACUUUCGUGGCCGACGACGACUAGUAGCUUCAGUAAGCUAUAUACUAAUCAGGUAAUGGGGUUAGGACCUCUCAUGCAGUCCACCAUGCAGUACGGUCACUUCCGUAGGACCCGGCACCACAUGUCAUCCACACUACAGCACCAUACAGUAAUGCAGAGGAUCUCAACCCCUGGCAAUGAGGGUCACUUGCCUCCAAACUAUGACUCCUAUGAUAAUAACGAUGGCUAGUACAUGUACUGGAGUGUUA